AUGUCUGGUAACGGGCUUUCGUAUGGACUCAAUAUCACAAAGAAACCAGGCGGGUCGAAACCCCAACCAGCAAAGCGGAAACCGAUAUUCGGUGAAGACGAUGAUUCAGAUGGAGAAACCAAUGCGCCAAAAGAGGUCGAGGUACAGGAAAUCGGCGAGUUUGGGGGAGCAUCAACGGGACAAGAGCCCACGAAGAGUUCACAGAAAUCCUCCGGCUCGAAAAUAAGUAACGGCAAGCCAAAGCGCAAUACUGCAGGUACGAAAGCGGCGCCCAUCAGCAUGUAUGGGGAUCUUUCUUCAUCCCUCACAUCCAAGAAACAUGCAGAGAGUGCAGAGGAGCUUGACGCGAACAUCUACGACUAUGAUGCCGUGUAUGAUUCUCUCAAACCCAAGAAGAAGACCACAAUCGAGGACCAGGAGAGAAAGCCGAAGUACAUGAGCAACCUACUUGCAGCCGCCGCGAUACGCAAGCGUGACGCAACGAUCGCGGAGGAAAAGAAACUGGCGCGCGAGAGAGAGGCUGAAGGAGACGAAUACGCCGACAAAGAGAAAUUCGUCACCUCCGCUUACAAGAAACAGCAAGAAGAGAACCGACGGUUAGAGGAGGAAGAGCGGAUCAGGGAGGAGCAGGAGCAAAAGAAAAAUAAAGGAGCUGGGAUGACGAACUUCUACAAGAAUAUGCUGGAGCGAGGAGAACAAAAGCACGCAGAGGUGGUGAAAGCUGCUGAAGAGAGACUCAAGAACGGCCCACAGGAGGAAGAGGAGACCGAGCCGGAAAAGACCGAGGCGGAUUUGGCUCGUGAAAUCAUGGAGAAAGCUGGCGGUGCCAUUGCAAUCAACGAUGAGGGGCAGGUCGUCGAUAAGAGACAACUGCUCAAGGGUGGCCUCAAUGUUGCUCCAAAACCCAAAGGCACUGCUUCAGUCAGCUCACAACGCGGUGGCUUAUCGACGGCUGAUCGUAGCAGGGGACCCGGGGUUGGAGGAGUUGGAAACAGUAAGCAAGCUAUGCGAGAGCGUCAGUCUCGCAUGUUGGAGGCGCAACUGGAACAGGCUACCAAACGAGCCCUAGAGGAAGAAGAGGAGGAGAGACAGAAAAUCGAAAGAGCCUCGAAGAGCAGAAAGACCGAAGGAGACAUUAUGAGUGCAAAAGAGAGAUAUCUUGCCCGGAAACGCGAGGCCGAGGAAGCAAAGAAG